GAAUGACCACAUGAAAAUAAAUAUUUGUUAUAUUUAGAGUCUGCAAUUUCGUUUCCUCGCAAGAAGACUUCUCAUUGCGCGUGCGUGGAGUCGGUCUCGCGUCGUCGGCGCAGUCGAGUCAUAAACAGCGUGUGAGAGAGCGCGUGUCCCGGUGCAAGAUAAAGAGGUGGGAUCGGGUCCAGAUGAGUUAUAAACGCUGCCCCUCAACGGACUGUAACAUAUAAAAUCUUCAAGUUUGUGCAGAGUGUUUUCUUUACACUUUUCUUCCAUCAACAGUUGUUUUCCCUCCCCGCCGGACCGGUCUUUGUUAGAGAGCCAAGGAGCAACAGGACGAGUCUUCUUCUGCCAUGGCCAAGUCGCCAACUUCUUGAUACUGCCACAGUUUUUAUUUUGGUGCCAUUCGGGAAUGUGAAGAUGCCACACUCUUUCAACUCCCUCCCUACGGAGACUCUCCUCUCAGACUCCUUCAGCCUGGACCUGUUCUCCGCCAGCGUACACCCUACGGAGCCCUACACAGACGACAGCAUCAUCUCAGCCAACGUUACCAGGGCGGCCGCCCUUCGCUGCACCUACAAAGAAGAAUUCAAGCGCAUUUUACUCCCCUCCGUAUACACCUUUGUCUUCGUGGUCGGCCUUCCCCUCAAUGCUGCCGUCAUCCUGAAAAUAUGGAAGAAGGGGCCCAACCUGUCCAAAAACAACAUCUAUAUGCUCAACUUGGCCAUAGCGGACUUUCUGUAUGUGAUGUCGCUUCCUUUGCUCAUCUACAACUACGGCAGUCAUGACUACUGGCCCUUUGGAGAGUUGACCUGUAAACUGGUCAGGUUUCAGUUCUACAGCAAUCUGCAUGGCAGCAUCCUGUUCCUCACCUGCAUCAGCGUGCAGCGCUACGUAGGCAUUUGCCAUCCUCUCGCGAUGUGGCACAAACACGGCGGCCGAAGGCUGGCCUGGUGUGUCUGCGGAGGUGUGUGGCUGGUGGUGGCGAUUCUGUGCGCGCCGACGUAUCACUUCGCCGCCACGGGGAUCCAGCGCAACCGCACCGUGUGCUACGAUCUGAGCACGCCAAAGCGCUCUGUAGAUUACUACCCUUACGGCAUGGCUCUAACGUGCCUCGGAUUCCUGCUGCCGUUUAUAGGCGUGAUGAUGUGUUACUGCCGGAUGGCCCACAUCCUCUGCCGCCCGGUGACGUACCAGGGGGUCACCAUGGCGACCGGGGAGAAACGGGACAAGGCGGUGAGGAUGAUCGUCGUGGUGGCGGCAGUGUUCUGCAUAAGCUUCCUUCCGUUUCACCUCACCAAGACCAUGUACCUGGUGGUGCGUACUCUGAAGGGAGCUUCCUGCGAGACCAGAAACUUGUUCUCGAUAAUCUAUAAAAGCACCAGGCCGUUUGCCAGCAUGAACAGCCUGCUGGACCCCAUCCUCUUUUACUUCACCCAGCCGCGCUACCGCAAGAGCACCAGGAGGUUCAUGCUGAAAGUGACCACCCUGAGGGACAAGGGCACAUCUGUGUGAACAAACUGCACAUCGUGUGCUGCUACAGUAGCCAUGAUCUAGGCUGAUGUGCUGGUUGGUGAGUUUUAACAAGUUUCCUCAUGUCGGCCUUUUAGACAUUACUCACCGUACCCUUUAAAAGGUCUAAAAUACUUAGAAGCCCUCUCAAAUGCAACAUGAACGUGGCGAUGUUUUAAAAUCAACGGUAAACUGACUUGCUGGGACUAUGACUGUGGGCAUUCAGGGAUUUUGGACACUUCUCGUUGAGAUUCCUUGAGAGCCUUUAUUUCAUUAUCAUCAGACCAGGGCAUUAACAUCAUCCACGGUACAUGUGAAACGUUUACUUUAAAUCUCCUCUGUGCACUGGACUGUAAAGUUUCUUGAGUCUUUCUCGAGUCUCCUUUCUGUAAUUUUUGUUUGUUUUUGUUUCUCACUGUGAAGUGUACUGUAAAUCAGAAAUGCUCUGUGGAGACGCCAGGUUAAAGGUAAAGCAGAGAAGGACGGAGGAGGAGAUGCAGUUGGUUGCAUGUUGGAGUUGCUUGAAGUACUUGUGUGUAUAGAUACAUUUGCUUUGGGGUGAAACAUGCCAUGCCAAAUGGCAAGAUUGGGAAUGAAAAAAUGUAUGUGCUGUUUUCUUUCAGUGGCUUAUUUUGUUAUCAUAUGAAGGUCUUUCGUUUUUCUUACACUUGAACGUGACAGAAAUGCAGUGAAAGAUUCAAAAUUUAGCUCACAUUUGCUGACUACGGUCACAGCAACAAACAUGUAAAUAUCCAGCUCUUAAAGCUCGUGCAAACUUUAAUGCACUGUUAAGUCUUGCAUUAGAUUGCUUAGAAGGAAUCACAUAUUUAAGGACAUAAACAUAACAGUCUGGUUCUCCACUUCCUUUGAGUGUGUAAAUACUGUGCGAGUAGAUACAUUAAAAGGAGCUCUCUGCUGUGAAGAGUCGCUCCAAAGAACAUGUGAACUGUUAAGUACUUUAGUAGUGUUUUAGUGGCAUUACCUGGAUGCAGUUUAAAUAGUGUGUGUAAUACAGGAAAUUUGUAGUUUCAAACUUGCUUGUGCUAUUUCUGGUGGAGUUUUUCCAAGUAACAGAGUUGCUGAUUUUAUCUGGUAAAAGAUAAAGUUCAUGAAAUGAACUUAAACUUCCAAUUUAUUUUCAUCGUAAAGGACAUAUGAAUGUAUGUUGGUGUGUUGUUAGUUGUAUUUCCAGACACACCAAGUAAAGCAAACAUUGGAUUUUUUUUUCCUUUUCAUUAUAUAUUGUGUUGUUUAACACUCUAAAUGAGAGUCCCUUGAUCGUCUAAACUCUUUAUUUUGUCUUUCGGCUGCUGUGAAAGCCCAGGCGAGCACUUUUUCAGAAGAGUUCUUUUCUUUUAGUGUUUAAAUGCUCAAUCUGUGCCCCGUGAAGAACUCUGAAAGAGUGAACAAUGCACUUAAUCGUCGAUCUGAUGCCAAAUGUAGUUAUCAAAGGAAUUCAGUGUCUCUUGAUCUAUAAACUACACAAGGCUUUCCCAUUCACAAGACACCCUGUGAGCCUCUGAUUUCACUAUGUGAUAUCAGAAUUGAAUGUAAAUUACUCAAAUAAAUCUUAAUUUGAAUGGAGUAACAGAAACAGCCAUCAGCAUCUUUACAACCUAAACACUCUGUCUUGAAUUCUGCACUAAUAUACUGCAUUUGCGUGUAUCGGUUCAAUGUGAACGUGAACAUUUAAUGCAUUCAAAGUGCAGAGAAUAUUUUGACCACAAAUACAAGGUCGUGUGCUUGAAAAUGUUGGAAACGUCUGAAUGGAUGUGUGUCUGUACAAAAUGCACGUUCAGUGAUGUAAUGAUGUAGUGUAUGUCCUGCUCCUGGCUUCGGCACCGUCUUACGGUUCAUGUGCGUUAGAAACAUUCAAAUGUGUGUACUCUGCCAACAGAUUUUGUAUCUGUCAGUAUUAUCUAGAAGAACUGUUAUUUUUGUAAAAAACAUUGUAAUGCAGAUGAGUAUUUUAUUUUUGUUACGUAGAUUUUUUUAUUUUAUUUUAGGCAAUGCAGCAUCUGUUAGCUCUUUUGUGAAAAUGUUGUAGGUGUUGUCUAUGUAAAACUAAUUGAAAAAUGCAUUAAAAAGUCAUGCAGGCAA